AUGCCUCUUGUCGCUGCGGCGACAAGCUGGGACGUCGGAAUCUAUCAGAACGCGGCGCUACAGGGCGUCGCGACCAUCAUGGACGUCCUCUCCGCGAGGCACAACGUGACUCUGCAGCGUGGCUGGAACGGAGUCCUGCCCAUGCCGCUCCACUGGGGCGAGGUGCUCGCCCUCAGCUACGUGGCAAACGCCUCCGCUGCCCACCGCUUGCCGCCUCUCGUCACGCUCGGCCUCCCGCUGUCGCGGUACAACCUCUCGUCUGCCGUCGCGACCGGCUUCCUCCAGCUCGGCCGCGACCUCGGCCGCCUCUCGAGGCAGGACACGGCGCCGCGCGAGACCAACAGCCGGCAGCACGCCUGA